GCUCUAGGUAUUUGUUUGUCAUUAUUGCGUUUAACAAAACUAGUGUAUUUAUCCCUGGGAAAAAAUGUUCAGUAGCUCAGAUUUUCACAACAUAUGUCUCAAAUUCCUAAGUUGGAGGUCUUUUUUUGGCCAGUUGAUAUAAAAUGCUCAAAAUGAAAAGGUCCAGGGAUUUUUUUUUUUUUUUUGGUGUUCCCUCCUAUUUCAAAUGCUGAUGUACUUUACAUUACAAACCUUCAAAAUGUUUAAGGAACCUCAGUCUUGUAGGCUCCAAUAAGCCACAAUUGUUCUCUUUUACUAAAAUAUGUUAUUAGAAACACAUAAACUAUUGCCAUUGAUUUAAAAAUCUAUAAUAUUUAGAGCUGUCCCGACUAGUCGAUGUUGUCGACAUCAUCGAUGACGUAAAUGCGUCGACGGGCACAACAUACCGACAGAGAAUACAUGCGGAUAAAGUUGAGGAUGGCGGACGCUCGCGAUGCAGGCGGUGAAGGCGGCAUAAAACCAAAAAAGCGAACCAGAGUGGCCAAAGCCUGGAAUUAUUUUAACGAAAAUAAGGGGGGUGCCACUGUGUGUGGUCUUUGCAAUGCUGCGCUCGCAUACCACGGCAGCACGUCUGCCAUGAAAGAACACUUGAAGUGCCGUCACCCAGGUGUGAUUUUGGAAAACGACAACCAACAACGAGCUGGCAGGUCGUAAGUCCAUUAGGGCUGCAGCUAUCGAUUAUUUUAGUAGUCGAUUAAUCGAUGAAGUAGUUAGCUCGAAUAAUCGAGUAAUCGGAUAAGGAAUAUGAAAAAUUAAAAUACCUGUGCUGAGCCUUAAACGGUAUAAUAAAAAAAAAUAUAUAUAUACAUAUAUAUGAGGAUCUAUGUACAACAAAAGAACAAUUAAUUAACUUACAUAGCAAAAGUCCGCUAGCUUAAAUGCUAUAAAUCGAUCUUACUGCCGCCUUCGACACCAUUUCCCACACAAUCCUUCUCGACCAACUCUCCUCUGUUGGUAUCACCCACACACCCCUUUUCUGGUUCACUUCCUACCUGUCCAACCGCACACAAUUCGUCAAAUUCGGCCCCCAUAAAUCCAAUUCCCUCCCUGUCUCUGCUGGCGUGCCCCAGGGUUCUGUCCUGGGGCUCCUCCUGUUUAUCAUUUACAUUCUCCCCCUCUGUUCCAUCUUCCGCAAACACAACAUUCACUUCCACUGUUACGCAGAUGAUACCCAGCUCUACAUCUCCUCUAAACCAACCGCCUCCCUCCCACCUUCCUCCCGCACCCUCUGCUUAGAUGAAAUUAACUCCUGGUUCUCCUCUAACUUCCUCCUUCUCGACAGCUCCAAAAUAGAAGUCCUCCUAGUGGGAACCACCACAAUGCUCUCUCAUGUCCAUAAGUUCUCUGUUACCAUUAACAAUGUACAGAUCUAUCCUUCGUCUCAGGUUAAGAGUCUGAGUGUCAUCCCCGACAGCACGCUCUCCUUCCAGUCACAUAUCAACAGCAUCACCAGAUCAGCCUAUUUCCGCCUUUGCAACAUUUCUCGUCUCCUUCCUUCUCUCACCCGCCAUACCACUUACACCCUGGUCUGUAAUUUAUUAAACCUCUCGGCUCAAUUAUUGCAACUCACUGCUCUUCGGUCUCCCUAACAAGUCCCUCCAGAAACUGCAGCUCCUCCAGAACUCAGCAGCACGCCUCAUCACUCGAACCCCCGCAACACACCACAUCACCCCCAUCCUCCGUCAACUUCACUGGCCUCCCGUCAAACAAAGAAUCAAUUACAAGAUCCUCAUCAUCACCUUCAAAACAUUCCAUGGCCUGGCCCCUCCCUACCUUUGCAAUCUACUCCGUUUAAACAAUCCAACCUGUCCACUUCGCUCUACCGCUAUUCUCCCCCUCUCAGUCCCCCGUGUCCGCCUCUCCACCUUUGGUUCCAGAGCUUUUAGUCAGUGUGCCCCCCCAGCUCUGGAACUCCCUACCCCCUGAUCUUCGCAGCAUAUCUACCCUAUCACUUUUCAAAUCAAGACUGAAAACACACCUGUUUACUCUUUCUUACCCACCAUAACCCCUAGCUCAGUUAUAUCUUUACUUUUUAUUGUACUUUUAAUCUUUUAUCCUUUUAAUACCUUUUUUAUCGUACUGUGAUUCCAUGUCUCUUGCAAAGCAUCUUUGUGUGGUUUGAAAAGUGCUGUAGAAAUAAAACGUAUUAUUAUUAUUAUUAUUGUUAUAAAAUGAUAACUUUUUUUUUUUUACAAUGCUCUUCAUAAAAGGUUCAAACGCAUAUUCCCACAAAAAACAGCUAAAUGUAUCUAUAAACGAAAUUACGAAUGCAUUAAAAAACAUGAGCUCAAACGAAAAAAUUAGCUUUUGUUGGUCUUAACAGGGAGCAGUUGGAUUUAGCCAUGUGAAAUGAGGCAGACCAGAGGGCAGUGUCUCCACCCUAAUCAAUAAAACUAAAUGCAAACACUUUCAAAAUAAACCAUUACAACACCACUUUAAUUAAACGAAUACUCGAAGCAAUAAAAUUUAAUUCAAAUAUUUUUUUCGAAUCGAAGACUCGAGCUAAUCGAUUAAUCGUUGCAGCACUAAAGUCCAUACAACUCACUAACGUAACGACUUUUUUUUUUUUUUUUUGGAUUGAAGUUGCCUUUAUAUGCGUCGCAUCAACGUGCAUCGUUAAGUUUUUUGACAAUGACAAUGAUGAUGGCCAAGAACAUGAGGAGGUAAUGCUGAGAAAGGAGAUACAGAUGUACACUGAACACAUAAAAAAAGUCCUUCAGCCCACUGCAGUCGUGAAAGGACAGUGAAGAAAAGUUCGCAAACUUGGCUCUCCUGGCCAGAUCAUACCUGGCAGUGCCUGCAACUUGACCACCAUCUGAGCGUCUUUUCACAGCUGCUGGGAACAUUGUUUGUUACCAAAAAAAAAGGGGCAAUCUUGAUACCUGAGCAUGUAGACAUGCUCACCUACCUUCAUUUUAACAUUAGAACAAUAAAGACAAAGCACAUAAAGAUUAAGAAUUGUUUUGACUACUGUUGGAAAGGUAAAGUCACAGUGUUUCAGUUUACAUUCUUUUUUCUUUUUUUUUUGCAGUAGUUAAUGCCAGCAGCAUUUGACCUCAUUGUUUGUCAUUUAUUUUUGUUAUUUAUGUUUAUUAUUAAUACGUUAUUGAAGAAUUUCAGUGUUCCAAAAUGUUUUUUGUGAAUUAAUAAACGUCAACAAAAACUUCAUUGCUAAAUUAGUAGAAUAUAUAUAUAUAAAUUAGAUUAGUCGACUAAUCGUAAAAAUGGUCGGUUGACUAAUUGGGAGAAAAUUAGUCGUUUGGGACAGCCCUAAAUAUUAUUAAUAUUUAGUACAUGUUUUGACCUAUGGAGGGCGCCAUGUUUUAUGCUUCUGCAAUUCCUUGUAUGCGGCGGACAUCCAACACAUGUGUGCACAUCAGUGUUAAAAGCGACUGCUUACUAUUUGUGUUUUUAUUGAGUCUUUUAUUACGCAAAAGGCUUUUUCCAUGUGUUUCCGUCUCAUACUUUUAAGCAUUGCGUUUUCUUGUGGUAGCUUUAAAGCAGAUUAUUGAUCUGUUGACCACAUUAGUCACGUAGCAUAUUUAAACCACCCUUAUUUACGUAUUUUCUUAAGGCAUCUUUGUAUGUUCUGUAUUUAUGCAUCUAAACAAAAACAAGCUGAAAGCGCACGGUAGAACUUUGGGUGUCAAAUUCGCCUCUUGUAGACGUUUCGCCAAUGUAGCACAUUUUGGCAGAACACCUUUUUUUCCCCUACUCUCGUCACGUCUCAUCCCGUCUUUCCUGUUCAUUUUGCUUUUGCUGCUCGUUUUAUGAAAUAUCGACAUUGCUGUCAUGCUCAUUAAUAUUCCUGGGUUCAAAUUGGAAGGGUUGGACAGAUGACAUGUUUAUGUUGCUAGAGUCAUACUCUGGAAGCCCGGCAGCGUAACCAUGUGACAACACCGCCCUGCCACGUCAACAACAAUGGCGACCUACUAGUUAAACUAAUUUUACAAAGUGUAUUAAAAUGAAAACAUCAAUAGGGGGUUUCAUAUAAUACUUAUAACUCAUAAAAACUAUCUUUUAAGUACAACAGGUCUUUCAAUCUGAGGUUCCCUUUAAAAUAUGCAUUUGGAGUACUUUAUUUGGAGUAGUUUAAUUCAAUCAAAAUAUCUAUAUAUGUCUAUACAGUAUUGGACCUCUGCCACCACUACCGGCAUAAUAACCAGGCUCCGCUGCGAAUACCAGAAAUGAUAAUUGACAGGACCUGAAAAUGUAGGGGAAAAAAAGACAUAAAGCAUGUAUUUAUUUAUUUAUUUUAAAUCCCAAAACAUUCUUGAAUAUGAGUUGAUAAAAGUUCCACUAGUUGUCCAUGGGACGACACAAAAAAUAGCAAAGUAUUGUAAAUAAUCCACAUAUAUGCAUGUGUCCACUCAAUUUUAUUAUAAUUUUUUUCGUAUUUAUUUUUAAUGCCGUCUGCCAAAUUAUCAGGAAAAAGAAAAAAAAUUCAUUGGCGGCUCAACAUUCGAGCGACUUGACUUGCGAGCUUUAACAGACACCUGCAGUUGUAGAACCAAUUCUUUUUUUAUUUGACCUGCAAGUAAAUACAUGACUUUAUAGUACGAGUGUUUAACGGUAUGGCAGAAAACUCGACUUACUUUAAAACAGUAGGUGUAAUAAUGUAGGUAUUUGCGUUUGAUUCGUAGUUACCCAGAUUAUUUUACUUUCAUUUGAAUUGUAUGCUGUUGUUUGAGUCUAACUGUAAACUAUAUUUAAUUCCAGAUUACCAAAUGGAUCCACCAACUCACUAACAUUAAUUCUAUGUAAACAUUAGUGAUCUCCUUACUCGGGUGGAAAACAUUCUAAAUUUAUUUGUCCUUUUGCCCAAGCAAUCAACAUUCCUAUUUUUGUAAAGCUGGAUUCAAAGUUGGUGCCAAUUAGCUCAUGGCCAUUAACAAUGAUAUGGAUGACUGGGGAGGAGUUGGCAGCAGUGACUCGGGGGAGCGAGCGUGGCUCUUGCAAAGCCCCAGCAUGGAAUCCACGCCGCAGCAAGAGUCGGAGAGGAGGCCGGGCGGCAAUGUGUCAUCUUUGGGAGCCGUAGUCAUCGUGGUCAAUGCGGCUUUGGGAGCCGGUUUGCUCAACUUCCCGGCAGCCUUUAAUAUGGCUGGGGGAGUGAUGGCAGGAGUGAUGCUUCAAAUGUUCAUGCUGAUCUUCAUUAUCAGUGGUUUGGUGAUUUUGGGAUACUGCUGUCAGGUCAGUAACGAGAGCACCUAUCAAGAGGUCGUACGAGCCACUUGCGGAAAACUCACCGGAGUCCUGUGUGAGGUCGCCAUUGCCAUCUACACUUUUGGCACUUGCAUCGCCUUCUUCAUCGUCAUCGGAGACCAACUUGACCGCUUGAUUGCGGUGGCGUUUCACGAUGGCUCUCUCACUGGCUUGUGGUACACAGACCGCAAGUUUACCAUUGUUGUCACUGCAGUUUUGAUCAUUCUGCCUUUGUCCAUUCCCAAAGAGAUUGGCUUCCAGAAAUAUGCCAGUGCUCUGAGCGUGAUGGGUACCUGGUAUGUUACCAUCGUUGUGAUUGUGAAAUACAUCUGGCCCGAUCAAGAAGUCAUGCCUGGCAUUGUUCCCAGCAGUUCUACGUGGACUGCAGUUUUCAAUGCAAUGCCAACCAUAUGCUUUGGUUUCCAGUGCCACGUCAGUUGCGUACCAGUGUUCAACAGUAUGAAGAAGAAAGCGCUCAAACCUUGGGGGCUUGUUGUUACGCUCAGCAUGAUAAUCUGCCUCUUUGUUUACACUGGGACAGGUGUUUGCGGCUUCCUGACAUUUGGUUCCAGCGUAAACCAGGACGUUCUCAUGUCAUAUCCUUCGGAUGACAUCGCCGUGGCCAUCGCCAGGGCGUUCAUCAUCGUCUGCAUUGUCACCUCAUACCCUAUCUUACACUUCUGUGGCCGGGCAGUCAUUGAAGGUCUUUGGUUGCGCUGGCAAGGCGAGCAAGUGGAGGUGUGCGUCCGGCGCGAGCAGAGACGGAGAAUCCUGCAGACGCUAGUGUGGUUCGUCGUCACCCUCGUCCUUGCGCUCUUCACCCCAGACAUCGGACGCGUUAUCUCGCUCAUCGGAGGACUGGCGGCCGGUUUUAUCUUCGUCUUUCCAGGUCUAUGUUUGAUCCAAGCCAAACUGUUGGAAACGGACAGCCGAUCCGCCAGCUGGCACGGUCUGGUGGUCUUCGGUAUCACCAUGGUUACGCUCGGAGCGUUCAUCUUCGGCCUCACCACGACUAAUUCCAUCUAUCAGGACGUCAUCAGCUAAAGGGAACAUUUCUGUACAGUGCUGUGGACAUUGUGCGCUUCGGUGCACCUCUGAAUUAGUAAAUAAGACGUGGAAGCUUCGUGUGACAACUCAUUUAAUCAGCCCUGAACUCCACCUCAUUGCACAUCUGUAAUACAGAACCAGGAGUAAAGUGACAACAUCCCAAGACAACCGAAGACACUUUGUCCAAUAGGUGUAAUGUUUAAAUUGCAUGUUUUUUUUUUUUAAUUUAAAUGAUUAUUUUCAAAUAUUUAGUACUUUUAAUCCAUAGCUGAAGCAGUUACCUAACUGCUGCCAGUGCAGAGCUGCUUAUUACUGUAAAUGGCUACAGAUCGCACAUUCCUGUUUACAAGUGCUAAGGGACUUUGUAUAUAAAAUAUCUUAAAAUGAAAUUGUAACUCUAAAUGAUUUGUACAUUUUAAAUUGCGUGUCAGAGUAGUGCUUACUCAUUGAGGAGCAAUGUGUGGUUCAGUCAUCUAAUCAAAGUCUAGUGACUUUGCAGUGGAGAAUUGGAAAUUGAGAAUUGCACCUUUGUUUCAUCAAAACUGAAAUCAUUUUGAAUACAUAUCAUAAUUUGACUGUUUUACACAAAACUAAAUUAGUACUGUAUGGACUUCUUGAGCAGUUAAAAAUGUUUCUGAAUGUAUGCAAAAGGUUAGCAUUUAUGAAGCCAUUAUAGAGUGUGCACAAGAUGGCACCUUUGCGCACAAUUUUAGUUAGUUUUUACUAAAACUGGUGUAUAAUAUUGUCCGUGCACUUUUGCUGGAGCUCAAAGCAAAGCUUGAAAUCUCUCUUCUUGAGCUCCCGAGGCAAACGCAACACUACAACCAAAAACAGUCAAGUUAUAUAUUUCAAAGCAAUAUUUCAGGUCAAGUCUUCUACGGGUUUUAAAGGGACAACAAAGGAUUUUUUUUUUUUUUUAAUUACUUUGAAAAAUCAGAAGGGAAAGUGGGAAUGAUAAUUUUUAUUUUUUUAAGAGUUUGAAUCUAACAUUUGUGUCAAAUGUUUUUAUGAUUUUCUCUUUUUGGUGCUACUUUUUAUUGAAUCACAUGAAUAAAUAGCUGCAUUAAUGACUUGUGUUAUGUAUUAAAACAAAUGUUAAUGCGGUUUUCUCCAGAAUGGUGACGAUGCCAAUGAUUUGAAAAUAUACAGUUGAGCAGUCCUCAUUAAAAAUUGAGUUUGAAUGAAAUGAGUUGAC